AUGUCCUACACCGCUCAAAUAGACACCUUUGCCAGCAGGCUUAAAGAAGAUGUCGAUUUCAAGACAAAACAUUCAAUAAUUUCUGAGUUGUCUGAUAUGAUUGAAGCAUUUACUGGCAAUACUGAAUAUGAACAUUACCUUUCACAACUUGUUCCUGUAUAUAUUGAAUUAUUGAAUACAGUUCCAAUUAGUUUUUCCAGUCAAUCAAUUGAUCACAAGUUAAGAAAUUCUAUAUUAGAGGUUUUACAUCGUUCUACAAUGAAUGAUACAUUUCAAAAUUAUGCAUUAGAAAUCAAUGAUUUACUCAUCAAACUAUUACAAACUGAAAAUGAAGAAAAUGGAGUUCUAUGUUUGAAAAUUUCAACUUCAUUGUUCAAAUCUUAUAAAUCUAUACUUGCUGAUAAGGCUGAACCAUUUAUACAAAUCAUUAUUGAAAUGUACAAAAACAUGGAUCAACUGGUGAAAGAUACAUUUGUUAACAAUGCAACAGGAACACCAAACCCAAAUAACUUGGCUUCUGGGAAUAACAAUGGUGGAUCACCUGCAAAUAAUUUCCAAUCACCAAGAGCAAUGUCCCCAAGUUUAGGUAAUGAUGAUGCUCAACCAAAACAAUUGGCUAAAGCUAUGUAUUCUUUCAAAACAAUUGCUGAAUGUCCAAUUACAAUGGUUACUUUAACUUCAUCUUAUAAGCAAUUAGUCAAUACUUCACUACCAGAUUUCAUUCCUUACAUUAUUCAAAUUUUGCAGUUGGAAGUUCCACAACAAGCUGAAGCUAGAAAGUUUGCAGAAGAAAAUGGCCAGAGAUUGACCUCAGUUACGCCAGCAAUUAAGAAUAGAUUGGCUUAUGGUGAUUUCAUUCUAGGUCAAGUUAAAGCUGCUUCAUUUUUGGCUUACAUUUUCAUUCGUGGUUAUUCACAAGCUCUACUGAAAAAAUAUACUGAAAUAAUACCUGAUCUUAUAAUGAGGCUACUACAAGAUUGUCCGAGUGAACUAUCCGCUGCUAGAAAAGAACUAUUACAUGCAACAAGACAUAUCCUAACAACACCUUACAGAAAUUUGUUUAUUUCAAAACUUGACUUAUUAUUUGAUGAACGUGUGUUGAUUGGUGAUGGAUUAACUGCACAUGAAACUUUACGUCCAUUAGCCUACAGCAUUGUUGCUGAUUUUGUUCACAAUGUGAGAAAUGAGUUAUCCACUGAUAAAAUAUUGAAAACAAUCACCAUGUAUUGUAAUCAUUUACAGGAUAGUUCAUUAGCUUUAACAGUUCAAAUUAUGAGUGCUAAAUUACUGCUCAAUUUGGUGGAGCGUAUAAUGCGUUUGAAUUCAAAAGCUGAAGGUAGACAGUUAUUUAUGUUGAUUAUUGAUGCAUUCACCAAAAGAUUCCAAGCUUUGAAUAGACAAUAUCCUAAUAUAAUGAAGCAUCAUUUUGAUGUGGAGAACAAGAGAUUGGAAAAGGAGAAGAAGCAAAAAGAAUUGAUGAAAUCAGAAAACUUGGGCCAUGAUGAUGAUAUUUCAAGUUAUUUUUUCAAAGAUGAACCUAAGAAGCUGGAAAGUGUCGAAAAUAAAGAUGCAGACGGUGAUGUUGAAAUGGAUGGUGAUGAAAGUAAUGAAAACAAAGACUCAACUGUGGAAGAGGAUUCAAAAGAAUAUGAUAUUUUUGACAUCCAAAGAGAAGUUCCUAUCUUGAUCACUGCACCAUCACCAACAGAUCCAUUAAAGGAUGCUCGUUAUUUGUUCCGUACUUUGCUACAGUUCUUAAAGACUAUCAGUUAUGGUUUAAAAAACUUCAAUCCUCAACCUCCAGCAACUCAAGAUGAAUUGCAUAAUCAAAAAUGGAAUGAUUUUGCUCGUGUUUUUUCAAAUGAAGAAGUUACUGUUUUGAGACAAUUAUUUUGUGAGUGUAUUUCUGGUAUGAAGUUCUUUUCAUCAUCUCAACAAAAAGAGCAAAAGGCACAUCAACAAAUCCUAGAAAAUAAACAUAUUUAUGAAAUUUCUGGUCCUUCAUUACCUGUCAGUUCAUCAAAAGAAGAGAAGGAUCUAAUGGAAAACUUUGCAAUCAUUUUCAUGCAUAUUGAUGCUGCCACUUUUAAUGAAAUUGUUCAAGCUGAGAUUGGCUUCUUAUACAAUGCUAUGUUGAAAGAAUCUGCCUUGUUGCACAUUCCUCAAUUCUUUUUAGCUAAUGAAAACACAUCUCCAAACUUUUCUGGUAUCUUGAUUUCGUUCUUGAAAAGCAAAUUAGAUGAACUAGGUGGAGAUGAUAUAAUAAAAUCAAACAUUUUGAUUAGAUUAUUCAAACUUUGUUUUAUGUCUGUUAACUUGUUUCCAACAUUAAAUGAGAAAGUCAUUCUACCACAUUUGAAUGAUUUAAUUUUAACUUCCUUGAAAUUAACAACAACAUCAAAGGAACCAAUUGCCUAUUUCCACCUGAUAAGAACUUUAUUCAGAAGUAUUGGUGGUGGUCGUUUUGAAAAUUUGUACAAGGAAAUCAUGCCAUUGCUUCAAGUUUUGUUGGAAUCAUUGAAUAGAAUGAUCUUGAAUGCACGUCGUCCUCAAGAACGUGAUAUUUAUGUUGAAUUAUGUCUCACGGUCCCAGUCCGUCUCAGUGUUCUUGUUCCACAUUUGAAUUAUUUAAUGAGACCUUUGGUGCUGGCACUAAAUAGUACUCAAGAAUUAGUUAGUCAAGGACUAAGAACUUUGGAACUUUGUGUUGAUAAUUUAACUGCUGAAUACUUUGACCCAAUCAUUGAACCUGUUAUUGAAGAAGUCAUGGAAGCUUUAUGGAGACACUUGAAACCGCUACCUUACCACCAUCAACAUUCACAUACAACUUUCAGAAUUUUGGGUAAGCUAGGUGGUAGAAAUCGUCGUUUUAUUAAACCUCAUCAAAACUUACAAAUAACUGAUAAAUUGCAACAAGAAAUUAAUGCUAAAUUCAAAAUUGAAGGUUUGAACCAAGAUGCUUCUUUAUCAAUCACACCGGGUAUCAAAUCAGCUAUUGAGAUUUUGGAAGACGUUACUGUUGAAUCACAUUAUAGAGUUAGUGCUUUCCAAUACAUUUCAAAAGUUUUCCUAUUAUUCAUUCCUUCCACUGAGAUCCCACAGGAUUAUGCAUCUACACUUUCAGCUGCUGUUUCAUUAAUCACUCAAGAGAAACUUGAAUUGGAAAAUCCAAACAUUGGAGAUGAAAUAAUUAUUAGCAAACAAAAAUUGAAUCGUGAACAAGAAUUAGUUUUAAGAUUAUACAAAUCCAUAUUUUAUGCUAUCUCAGUUCCAGAAACAAAGGAUGAAGCAACUAAAAUCAUCAAAAAUAUUGCUCAACAUUUUACUUUAUUAAGUGUCAAUAAAGUUUUGACUGAAAAAUUGAAAAAUCAAAGACCAUUUUUAGUUGAUGAUAAAGAAGGCAAAGUUGUCAUUUCAGAACGCAUCAUGUUUUACGCAAUUAUUUAUGCCUUGAGUUCUUAUAUCAUCGAAGUCAGAGAAGCUGGUAUUGAAGCUAUAAAGACUGUUUUCAACACUUCUGUCCUAGUAUUUGACUCUGUUGAAAAAGCAUUAGAGUUCCCGGUUUUGCGCUCAUUAUUUAAUGCGUUUGUCCACUCAAGUUAUGAUGAAGCUUACUACAACAAGUUGGCUAGUUGUCUUGGUUUAACUACAAUGGUUAAUGAGUUGAACAUUCCAAUUUCAUGGUUUAAAGUUCGUCAGUUUGAUUUGGUUCACUCGAUGUUUUAUGUUUUGAGAGAUACGAACCCUGAAGCUCCACAUGAAGUUUGUGAAACUGCGAAAAAUCUUGUUUUGAAUGUUUUGGUGAAAGCUAAUGAAAAUUCUACUGAAGCUGAAGUUCUAGAGAAACCAUUUCAAACAAUUGUUGGUGCAUUGGUUUAUGAUUUGAGUAAUGCUAAUCCAAUUGUCAGGGAAACUGCUCAAAAGUCUUUGAAGGCAUUGUCGGAAACCACUAAAGUACCAAUUGCAAAGAUGAUUGAAAAAUGCAAGAGCAUCUUGUUGACUCCAAUUUUUGGUAAACCAUUGAGAGCUUUGCCUUUCCCAAUGCAAAUUGGUAAUAUUGAUGCCAUUACGUUCUGCUUGGGCUUGGAAGAUUCAUUUUUGACUUUCAAUGAUGAGUUGAAUAGAUUGUUAAUGGAAGCCUUGACUUUAGUCGAUGCAGAGGAUGAAUCAUUGACUAGUGCUCAUAAAGUUUCUGAACAUCGUACAUCAGAACAGUUGGUGAAAUUAAGAGUGGUUUGUAUUAGAUUGUUGUCUUUGGCGUUAACAAAACCUGAGUUUACAUCAAGUCAACAAGGUCAUACUAGAAUAAGAAUUCUGGCAGUUUUCUUCAAAACUCUGUGUGCUAAGUCCACUGAAAUCAUCAAUGCUUCCCAUCAAGGAUUACAACAAGUGUUGUCACAAAAUGCUAAAUUACCUAAGGAGUUACUGCAAAAUGGGUUAAGACCAAUGUUGAUGAAUUUAUCAGACCACAAGAAGUUGACUGUUUCUGGUUUGGAGGCUUUAGCUCGUUUAUUAGAACUUUUGAUUACAUACUUCAAAGUGGAAAUUGGUAGAAAGUUAUUAGACCAUUUGAUGGCUUGGGCACAACCUGUUGUUUUACAUUCAAUUGCUUCUGAAGAGUUGGAAAACAAUCCAACUGUCAAAAUCAUUGUCGCUAUUUUGAAUAUAUUCCAUCUCUUGCCACCAAAAGCUUAUACAUUCAUGGAGGAAAUAAUCAAGACCUUACAAUAUUUGGAAGAUAACUUGCGUCGCAAACAAGGCUCCCCAUUCCGUGAACCAAUUGCUAAAUUCUUGAAUCGUUUCCCACAAGAAACAUUCCAAUUUUUCUCACAACAAUUUCAUUUGAGACAAUUGGGUACCAAGUUGGCCUAUUUUAUCAAAUUAAAGGAGUGCGAUGAUUUGAAAAAAGUUAUUAAAGAAAAUAUUGGAGUUCUCUAUAAUAGUGUGUCUCAAGAAACUCAAGCCGAAAAUAAAACUAUCAAGUUUGCCAACUUUAUUGAUUUGAUAGAAAGUUUAUCUGAAAGUGAUUCAGAGUGGUUGAUUUCUCAUAAACAAUUGUUGUUGGAUGUUUCUUCUCUAUCACAAGAAAUUAUCACUGUUGAGCAAAACGCUGCUUUGACUUCACCAAUCCAUUUCUGCAUUAGACAGGCUAUCGAGAAAUUACAGUCUCUUUUUGUCCAAUUGUUCCACAAAAAUAUCAAAGAUUCAGACAUCAUUCUAGGUUUCAUUGAUUUGCUAUCAUCACUAGAUAUACCAAUUUCGCCUUACUUGGAAGACUUCGUUUUUGAGAAAGUUGUUAAAUCUGAGGAUAGUGAAAUUCGUCAAGAAUAUAUGACCAAAUCAAUCCUUUUUGCUACUGAUAACAAAUCACUAAAAUCUAAAACGUUUAUUUUGAAACACAUCUUCAAUGCAAUUGUUAUCAAUGAAGGUUUACACAAUGGUAACUUGGAUAAUUUAGCUCAUAAACCACAAGGUGCUAAAUUGCCAACUUGGUUGGAUCUAGUUCAUAACAAAGUUUGGAGAGCGCAAAAUGAAAUGAUCACCAACCAUGUUGCUGGCUCAAUUGACAAUCUUAGAUUUGAAUUACUACAGUUAUCUGCUUUAUUGAUCAAAUAUGCACCUCAAUUAACUGCAGACCUUCGUAAGGAUGUUAUCAAAUUCAGUUGGAAUUUUAUUAAAUUGGAUGACACAUUGACCAAACAGGCUGCUUAUGUUGUGACUUCAUAUUUCAUUUCAGUUUAUGAGACGCCUGUUAAAAUCGUUACUCAAGUCUUUGUUGCUUUGUUGCGUACUCACACUGUGGAUUCAAGAUAUCUUGUGAGACAAGCUCUUGAUUUGUUAGCACCUGUCAUGCCACAGCGUAUGGGUCAAAGUGGUUCUUCUACUGGUUGGAUCAAGUGGGUUAGACGUGUCUUAUCUGAGAACAAUACAGUUCAAAACUUGACAGUUUACCAAUUUUUGAUUCAUCAUUCUGAUAUUUUCUAUAUUGCCAGAGAUCACUUUAUUCCAAAUAUCAUAACAUAUAUGGGUAAAUUAACUUCAAUGGCUAAUCCAGCUUUAGAGAAUCAACUUUUAGCAAUUGAAUUGGCUGAAUUAAUAUUGAACUGGGAAAUAAAGGCAAGAGAAGAAGCAGAUACGGGCACUAAAUUACUGGGUGCUGAUAGUGCUGGCUCUCCAGAAAUUUCAAGCUCUGAUAUUACUACACCAAAGAAUUAUUCUGUUCCAUUUGCACAACGUGAAGCUUGUAUCACAUUUUUAAUCAGGUUUAUUUGCAUUAGUUCACAAAGAGCAUCAGAAAAUGAUCUGGGUCAAAAGGCGUUGCAUAUACUUUACAAGUUGCUAAGUAAAGACUAUUGGUGUGAGGUUACUGUUAAGCUAGCAUUUUUUGAAAAAUUCCUAGUUCAAGCUGACUUGUCAAGUGCAAACCUUCUGGGAUAUUGUCUGAAUGCUUUAGAUGUUUUAGGUAUUGCCUUAGAAGGAAAAUCAACUUCUUGGAUUGUUGAAAACAUUAGCUUUCUCCAAUCCCUGUUAGAUAAAUGUUUACGCUCUGACAACCACGAUGUUCAAGAAGGUUUACAGAGAGUUUUGAGAAUUAUCUUGAAAGCUAUUACCGAGGAGACAAGCUCUGAUGAAAAAGAACAAAGCGAAGAGGUUAGAUCAUUCCUAACAUUAUUAACAACUAUUGUUGCUGAAGAUUUACAAAAUACAAAUUCUGUUGCAGCCGGUGUUACUUUAGCUUGGGCCCUUGCAAACUAUUAUCCAAAGGGACUUGAUACGCUUGUUCAAAGUAUCAUAAGAACUUUUGCAAAGAUCUGUAAAGAUCAUAUCUCCAUUUCACAAACAGAAUCUGCUUCUCCACAAGUUGAAUAUGAAGCCAAGAUGACAACCAAAUUGCUUGAAAAGAUUUUAUAUAUCUCUUCUAUGAGAAUAUCAACACUUGGUGAUCAACGCCGGAUCUUUUUGACAUUAUUGGCACAAUUGAUUGAUCGUUCAUUAGAUGUCCGUUUAUUGAAGGAAAUCAUUGGUAUAGUUAGAGGUUGGGUCUUCUCAACAACUGAUCUGUUCCCAACAACAAAGGAAAAAGCUGCAAUUCUUGUCAAAAUGCUGGUAUUUGAACUGAGAGGUGAAUUAUCGUUGUCAAAAGAGUUUUACCAAAUCAUUGUGGACAUUUUCGAAGAUAAAUCACUAACAUGUACUGAGCUCACUGUUAGAAUGGAACAACCUUUCUUAGUUGGUACAAGAUUAGCUGAUGUCAGUAUUCGUCAACGUUUAUUGUCAAUCUUGAAUGAAAGUCUCGAAAGAGAUAUAAAUAAAAGAUUGUACUAUGUCAUCAGGGAACAAAACUGGGAAUAUUUGGCUGAUUACAGAUGGUUGAAUCAAGCUUUGCAAUUGUUGUACGGCUCUUUUGACGGUGAUCAUUUUUUGAAACUUGAAUCCUCAUAUCAAUUUGCUACAUUAGACCAAAUCAAAGCGGUUAUUGGUGAUGAAGAUAAUGAGCCACUGGAUGGUGUUCAAGAUUUGCUUAAUGAGCAUGGUAAGUUCUUGGGAGAAAUUGGUCAAAUCAAAGCUAGAGAUAUUAUUGGACCAUUAUCAAACCUCUUUUAUAAGAGCCCAGAGACUGUUCAUUCUACUUGGGUGAAUGUUUUCCCUGUUGCAUACAGCUCCAUUAGUCGUCGUGAGAGAACAAACUUCAAAGAAGCACUUGUUUCAUUGUUGUCCAAAGAUUACCACACUCGUCAAGCUGAUGCUCGUCCAAAUGUUAUUCAAUCUUUGUUGGAAGGUGUUGGUAAAUGUUCUGAUCUCCAGUUGCCGCCACAUUUGAUCAAGUAUUUGGGUUAUAGUUUCGACUCUUGGUAUCCUUCCAUUAAAAUUUUGGAAUCUAUUGAGGACGAACCAUUGGUUGAUAACAAUAUUGUUCGUGAAACUAAUCAAGAUGCUCUCAUUGAAAUGUAUGCUACGCUUCAAGAGGAUGAUAUGUUUUAUGGUCAAUGGAGAAGACGUGCUAAAUACUUUGAAACGAAUGCAGCUUUGUCAUAUGAGCAAAUUGGUUUAUGGGAUAAAGCACUCCAACUUUAUGAGGCUGCUCAAAUAAAGGCACGUAGUGGUGUAUUGCCAUAUGGUGAAUCUGAAUAUUCUUUAUGGGAGGACAAUUGGAUUUUAUGUGCUGAAAAAUUACAACAUUGGGAUAUUUUAACUGAGUUGGCCAAGCAUGAAGGUUUUACUGAUUUGUUGCUUGAAUGUGGUUGGAGGGUUGCUGAUUGGACUGCUGAUAAAGAACCAUUAGAACAAUCUGUCAAAACUGUUAUGGAUGUUCCUACACCUCGUCGUCAAAUCUUCGAAACAUUUUUAUGCUUACAAGGGUAUGCUCAACAAAAGGAAACUUUACAAGAUUUGUCCAAAUUGUGUGAUGAAGGUAUUCAAUUGGCUUUACGCAAGUGGCACGCAUUACCAAAAAGAUUCAGUAAUGCACAUGUUCCACUGUUGCACUCAUUCCAACAAUACGUUGAGUUCAUGGAAGCUAGUCAAGUUUAUGGUUCAUUGCUUACAACUAAUGCUCAGAAUUUGGAUAACAAGUCACAAGAAUUGAAGAGAGUUUUACAAGCCUGGCGUGAACGUUUGCCAAACAUUUGGGAUGACAUCAAUAUUUGGAAUGAUCUUGUUACAUGGCGUCAACAUGCAUUUGGUGUUAUUAACAGAGUGUACAUGCCAUUCAUUCCAGCAUUACAACAAGCUAAUGGCAAUUCAAAUGCUAAUAGUUAUGCUUAUCGUGGUUAUCAUGAAAUUGCUUGGGUCAUCAACAGAUUCGCACAUGUUGCUCGUAAACAUAACAUGCCAGAUGUUUGUAUUAAUCAGUUAACCAAGAUUUACACACUUCCAAAUAUUGAAAUUCAAGAAGCUUUCCUAAAAUUGAGAGAACAAGCCAAAUGUCAUUAUCAAAAUGUUAAUGAGCUGAAUACUGGUUUAGAUGUCAUUAGUAACACAAACUUGGUUUACUUUGCCACACAGCAAAAGGCUGAGUUCUUCACAUUGAAGGGUAUGUUCUUGGCUAAAUUGAAGGCACAGGAUGAAGCUAAUCAAGCAUUUGCCACUGCUGUCCAAAUUGACUUGAAUCUGGCUAAAGCUUGGGCUGAAUGGGGUCAUUUCAAUGACCGUCGUUCCAAAGAAAAUCCAACUGAAAUGGUUUUUGCAAAUAAUGCCAUUAGUUGUUACUUACAAGCCGCUGGUUUGUACAAGAAUGGUAAGGCAAGAAAAUUACUUUGUCGUAUCUUAUGGUUGAUCAGUUUGGAUGACUCCACUGGUACCUUGUCAUCUGCAUUUGAGUCUUAUAGAGGUGAAGUGCCUGUUUGGUAUUGGAUAACGUUCAUUCCACAAUUGUUGACAUCAUUAUCACAUAAGGAAGCUAAAUUGGUUCGUCAAAUUUUGAUUCGUAUUGCUAAGACUUAUCCACAAGCUCUACAUUUCCAAUUGAGAACUACCAAGGAAGAUUUUGCUGUUAUCCAAAGACAAGCUAUGGCUGUUGCUAAUCGUCAAAAUGGUACCCCAGCUGAACAACCACGUCCAGCCUCCACUGGUUUGCGUCAACCUUGGGAAUACGUUGAUGAAAUAAUGGGUAUUUUGAAAACUGCUUAUCCACUUUUGGCCCUUUCCUUGGAAUCCUUGGUUGACCAAAUUAAUCAAAGAUUCAAGUGCAGUGCUGAUGAAGAUGCCUAUAGACUGGUUAUUGCAUUGUUGAAUGAUGGUAUUCAAUACUCAAAUCGUCUGCCAAAUCCAAGAGAAGAUGCUAAACUGCCACCUACUACUGAGGCCAAUAUAACAAGAUUUGCUGAUACUGUUUUACCAAGACAUAUUAGAGCUGAAUUCGAUAAAGAUUUUGUUUCAUCAAAACCAAACUUGGAAACUUAUAUUACCAAGCUCAGAAAAUGGAGAGAUCGUCUUGAAGAUAAAUUAGAUAGAAGAUUUUCUAGUGUUAAUCUGGAGAGUGUUUGUCCACAUUUAAGUGAAUUCCAUCAUCAAAAAUUUGAAGAUAUUGAGGUUCCAGGUCAAUAUUUGUUGAAUAAGGAUAAUAACUCACAUUUCAUCAAGAUUGAAAGAUUUUUACCAACUUUACAAUUGGUUAGAGGUACACAUGCUUGUUACAAACGUAUUAUGAUUCGUGGUCAUGAUGGUAGCUUACAUUCAUUUGCUGUUCAAUUUCCAGCUGCUCGUCAUUGCAGACGUGAAGAAAGAAUUUUCCAAUUGUAUCGUAUCUUUAAUGAUACUUUAUCAAGAAAAGUUCAAACACGUCGUCGUAAUAUUCAAUUGACAUUACCAAUUGCAAUUCCAUUAUCACCACAUAUUCGUAUUAUGAAUGAUAAUGAAAAUAUUUCAUCAUUACAGGAAAUUUAUGAAGACUAUUGCAAGAAUAAGAAGGUUAAUCGUGAUGAUCCAUUGCUAUAUUAUAAUGAAAAAUUAAGAGCUGCAUUUGAUCCACAUUUACCAAAACCAGAUAUUAUGAGUAUUAGGGUUGAAAUUUUAGGUGCUAUUCAAUCAUUGAUUGUUCCAAACAAAAUUUUGAAAGAUUAUUAUACUGGAUUAUAUUCCACUUUUGAAGAUUUUUGGUUAUUCCGCAAACAAUUUACUUCACAAUAUGCUUCAUUUAUUUUCAUGACAUAUUUGAUGAGCAUUAAUAAUCGUUUACCUCAUAAAAUAAGUAUCAAUGGUCAAUCUGGUGCUGUUACAACAUUUGAAAUGUUACCAUCAAAACUGGCAAGCAGUAAAACAAAUACAAAUUUUUACCAACAUAGUGCUUUGGAUGUUUCAGCCCAACGUGCUGCACCAAUUUUUUUCAAUGCAGAAAGUGUUCCAUUUAGAUUAACACCAAAUAUUCAAACAUUAAUUGGUGAAGCUGGAUUAGAAGGUAUUUUAUCAGUUCAUAUGUUGUUAAUUUCCAAGGCAUUAACUGAAGCAGAAUCUGAAUUGGAUACAUUUUUACCAUUAUUUGUUCGUGAUGAAGCUAUUUCAUGGUUUACCCAACAACAUCGUCCUUCAGCAGAUGAACCUCAAUUACGUGAAAUUGUUCGUGUUAAUGUUGAUCUGAUUUUGAAAAAGGCUCAACAAUUAUGCAGUGUUACUAGUGCAAAUUCUGUAACUACUCAACAUAUUUUGGAUUUGAUUCAACAAGCUGUUAAUCCAAGACAUUUGGCAGCUUCUGAUCCAUUAUGGAUGGCAUAUCUAUGA